AUGGGCGACCGGUGCCCGAAUGGCACACGUCGGCCAAAGUACGCUCUGAUCUCAUCUCAGCCGACUGAACAGCUGCAGGCCCGAAUCCGGCAGCUGGAGGGUGCUCUGCGAAACCAUGGCAUUGCUCUUCCGCGCGACCCCGACGCUGACGACUCGGGCUCAGACCUCGGCUCGUCCGCGAGUGCGACAAGCGCCACGGCGUCCUCGGCGAGCGGAAGCUCACACUCGCACUCACACUCCUGGCUCGGGGGCGUGCACCACGGGCACGGCCACCUCCUGACGGCGCAGAACCUCUCGGCGCAGAACCACUCCCAGCUUGGCGGAACCACGGGCGGGCUCGACGCGCUCGCCAUCUCCGACGUGCCGAUGAACAUGCCGCUGCACAUGGAGUACACGCCCCCGGGCAGCCUCCCUACCUCUCUCGAGCAGGAGAUGAACGGCGGCUUCCCUGUCGGCGACGAAUGGUUCUCCGUCCUCCAGCACCGUGUCCGUGAAUGCGGCGGGCAGCAGCAGGGCGACGGUGAGACGGUGCUCCGCCCCUCCGCUGACGGGCGGUACGGCACGGGACACGGGUUCGGCUACGAGGUACACGAAGAGGAGGGCGGUGUUACGCCCGGCGGAGUCGGCAACAACUUUGCGACGCUCGUGAACCAGCUGCCCUCGCGCGACAUGGCGGUGACCCUGCUGGGAAUGUACUGGCGCCACUAUGCGUGGUCGCACGACGUGGUCCCGCACGACGAGCUCGCGCGCCUCCUCGAGGGCUUCUACAACUCUCCCCCCACGCCAAUCUGGACGGACACGACGCACCCGCACCGCCUAGCGCUGCUCUACGCCGUGCUGGGCAUGGGCGGUAUGUUUGCGCCCAAGAUCGACCCGCCAGUGCAGCACGAGCGCUACUUCCGUCUCGCGGGCGAGUGUCUGCGUGUGACGACGAGCCACACGGUCGCCGCCGCGCAGUGCCUGCACAUCCUCAUCAACUACAGCCUGUACAGCGACCCAUCGGAGGGCGCGCGGCAGUGCAGCCCCGUGUUUGGCGAGACGAUGCGGAUCAUGCAGAGCAUGGGUCUGCAUCGCGGACGAUCCCUCGAGGCCCCCAACGUCUUCUGGGAGGUCCUCGUUGAGGACGCCAUUCUCGCGCACGUCCAGGGACGCCCCGGUGGUCUUCCCCUCAAGCAGUUCGACGUCCCUAUGCCCCAGGACAGCGAGUUCAACAAGUGCAAGUUUGGCUUUGCCAAGUUGGCUAAUGAUCCUAUGGGUGCGGGGCAGCGAGCCACUCCCGGCGGCAGUGACGAUGCUGCGCAGCUGCGUAUCCAGCUGCGUAGGUCAACUCCCACGCCUCAUUCAUACCGGGUGAUACCGCAUCUUCGUUCCCCAUUCCCCCACUUCGACCCAAGAUCCGGCGGCUCCUCGCAUGAAUGUCGGAUGGCUCUCCAAAUCACAAUGUCCGGCGCCAAGGUGCCGCACGACGAAGUAUGGCCGAUCUACGAGCGUCUCAUCGACUUCGAGGCCGUGAUGCCGUUCAACUUCAAGUGUCGCGCAAGCGUGGUCGCGGGCGGAAACCCCGAGAACACGGCUCCGGCCGUGGACCCGGAGAACGCUCCGUUGACAUUACAGCAGCACGCGCUGGCGAGCGCGAUGAGCGCGGUCAUCCUCUCGAUCCUUAGGCCAUACACAGACCAGGCGACUGCGUUCUCGGCCCUGUUGCGCAGGUGCAACAUGAUGAUUGCGACGUCGCUGAGUCUGUUCUCCGUCAUGCCCGAAGUGGCAAAGACACACUGGUUCAUGCGGUACUAUGCCACCAUUGCUGCGGUCACACUCACGUCCGUGGCUAUCACCGCACCCAAGUCCCCCCUCGCGCGCGCGACCAUGAUCCAGGUCCAGGCUGUUUGUGACCUGCUCCAGAACCUGGGCGAUCCGGCCUUUGUCCUCCUCGACCACCUCAGGCAAUUGGCGAUUGCAAACGUGUAUGGCGCACCUCAGGCCAGGCUCGUGCUCGAGGUCGGCGAAAAGUCGCGCGGCAGGAAGGGUCCAGGGGACGCGGCGUUCGAUGCGCUGCGCGCUGCUUGGCCGGCUGACUGUGGGCAUGAUCGGACGGGUAUCGACUGGCCGACUAUUGCCAAGAGCCUCGCUAUUGAUCUGGUCUGA